AUGUAUUCGUGGGUUAUUAUUGUUUCUACAUUAUCGAUCUUCAUUAAAUUAAAUAACGGACAAGAGAACGCAUAUGAAUAUCAAUGGAUUCAUUCAAUGGGAAAUCCUUCAAAUACCCGUCGAAUAAUUCCUUCGCUACCAACAAAUUAUACUGGAAAACUCUGGUAUUUUAUUUCGAAUGGUUCAUCACAAGCAAAUGCCAUACAAGGACUAGGAGCUGGAAUUAAUGGAGAUUUGUACUUUUUUAUGAGUGAAAAUUUGACUCAUUCAGCUGAUUAUUUUAUUUGUAUGACAUUAAAUGGAUUAAUUCGAUGGAGAAUAUAUCUUCAGCCUAUUGAGAAAAUGAUAAAUGUAGGUGUUUCAAAUAUAGUAUCAACUACCGAUGGCUUAAUCUAUUUUAUAUCGUCUUGGACUGAUGGAAUUUCAUCGUCAGGAAAAGCAUGCAGAAUAUCUAAUGGUCAAACAAAUAAACCUAUUUUAGAAUGUGCUGAAAAUAAUCAACUUUAUUAUCCAUAUGAAGAAGCUCCACUGUCACUAGAUGAUUCUGCAGUUUAUUUAUUUACUACUGUUGUGAAUCAAUCAAUAGCUGUUAUUAAUGCAACUAGUUUAGAAAUCGUUUGGAUUGACCGAGGAGUAAUUGGUUGUUCUUCAAAAUCAACAUAUAAUAGUGAUGGAACUGGAAUUUAUUGGAUUGGUGAUGAUGAUCAUUUUAGAAAAGUAAAUGGUAGAGAUACACGCUUAUUAGAUAUUUAUGUUAAUUCAGGAGGAAAUCGGUUUUACUCUUUUGAUCAACGACACUCAGUAAUUGCACGAGUAUGGCAAAAUUUUCACAGUACAACGUCGAAUGGAUCAGUGAUUGUUUCCGGAUGGGAUGCGCUUGCAAGUGGUGAUUUUGGUUUGCUUUGGCAAUGGAAUGAACCACAUCAAAGUUCUGCUCAAUCGACUCAACCGACUGUCAAUGAUCAAUUAGGUGUAACAUAUAUAUCUGUUCUUCCAUUUAUGUAUGCUAUUGAUCAGCAUGGAUUAACUUUAUGGAAAACUCAAAUUGUUUCUCGAGAUGAAAUCAAUCAAUAUAAUCUGAUUUCAAAUUGUCUUGCUUUCAAUGCUGAAACAAAUAUUAUUCAUGUUCUUGUAUCGUCAUCUUCAAUUGGCCAAGGAAAACGUCUCUCAGCCAUUUUUAUUGCUCGACUUCGUGUGAAUAAUGGUCAAUUAUUAAAUAGAAUAAAUAUUGAUCUUCCAUCGAACGCAAAAGUGAAUGCACAUUGUCCAAUACUUAUUGGCAACGAAGCACUUUAUAUACCAUGGAUCAUGGGCAAUGAUCCGGAUUUAGCAUCGUUGAAUAUAAUGGGAUUUCCUCAAAUGAAUUCUUAA